CCCCACGUAAGAGUAGUAAACCUCUCUAUCUAUCUACCUUUCACUCUCUUUCUCUCUCUUUGACAAAUAAAACUGGGAGCCUUGCAACAAAAUUAUGCUUCUUUUCCUAGUUGUAAUUAAAGAAAGCUUUUCUUCAGGGUUUAUAUUCAUUGGAGCUAGCUAGCCUCAUGGUCAAUUAUACCCUCUCACUACUCUUGUAAUUUGCUUAGAAUCUGCAAUCUGGUGAGAUCCGUUCCAUUCCUAUGAGCAGAAAUCAAAGUAAAUUGAAUUUGAUGGAAGAAGUGAAAGAGUACUGUUCUGAUAGAGGAGAAGAAGAGGAAGAUGAAGGUGCAGAAGAGAUGAUCGCAAUUGCUGGAGAAGAAAGCAAUAGCAGCAGGUUACAGAAGCAGUUACAGAAUACGCAGCACGAGGAAGAAGAAGAAGAAGCGGUGGUGGUUGGGAAUUUGAAUGAGAAGAAUGAGGAGAGAAAGAAAGAAGAAGAUUUGAUGGAGUUGAGACUCGGAGGAAGUGGAAGCAAGAGCAACAGCAAGAGCAAGAGCAAGGAAGAAGGAAUAGAGUGUUCGAAUUCAAAGAACGAAGAAGAGGUAGAAGAAGUAAUUGAGAAAGAGCACAUGUUUGACAAAGUUGUGACACCGAGUGACGUAGGGAAGCUGAAUCGACUUGUGAUACCGAAGCAACACGCAGAGAAGUACUUCCCUUUGGAUUCUUCUACGAACGAGAAAGGGCUUCUUCUCAACUUCGAAGAUCGGAAUGGAAAAAUGUGGCGAUUCAGGUACUCGUAUUGGAACAGUAGCCAGAGCUAUGUGAUGACGAAAGGAUGGAGCCGUUUUGUUAAGGAGAAGAAGCUUGAUGCAGGUGAUAUUGUGUCGUUUCACCGUGGCCGUGCUGAAUUGUACAGACAUAGAUUGUACAUAGAUUACAGGCCAAGGUCUCAUACUCACUCUCCUUACUCUCAGCAUCACCAUCACCACCACCUCAUCCCGCAGUAUCCUCCUAGCAUCACCACUAUGCCGUUUUAUCUUCCUAAUCAUCACUUCUCAUCAUGCGGUGGUCUGGGUGCUAGAUCAUUGUACAACUCCUCUCAGUAUUCACCCCACCUUCCAAAUUACUCUCCGGCAGCGGCGGUUUCUUCUCCAAUACCUCCUCUUCAAUAUUACAACAACAAUUUCUAUACUACACUUCAUCAACACCACCAACAACAACAGUACCAUUCUUCUUCUGCUGAGCAUCUUGUUAAUAAUAAUAUGAACCCUCUCUUUUAUCUCACUUCCUCGCCUAUGACACCGCCGACAUCAACAAUGGGUGGUGGUGGAGGUGGGGAUCAACACUUUCCGGGACCGGGUGCUGGGCAAGGUCAACAACAAGAUCAGAGAAAUGCAAAUGUGAAUCUCCCCAUAAAUAUGAUAAUUGAUUCUGUGCCGGUUACACAUCACCACCGCAGCGGGAAUCUCAACAGUAGUAAUAAUAGUAAUAGCAGUGGAAAACGGCUGAGGCUAUUUGGGGUCAACAUGGAAUGUGAUUCUUCUUCAUCAUCGUCUUCAGCACAACCGAAUGUAACAAUGGCUAAUCAAUCACAUUCACUCUCUUCAACAGCAACAACGACGACAACAACAACCACAUCGGGUGGUGGUGGAGAUCAUCACAGAGGGGGACUUUCGGAACUCUUUGAUUUGGAACCUUUCAAUUAUCAUCGCCGCCACUGAUCCAUCCAGGAAGAUAAUAUCACUUUGUUUUAAAGUCAGUUAGAGUUAGUUUCUCUUGGGCAGACUAGCUAACUUGCUACAAUCUCCUUUUCCGCAAUUUUAUUUUAUUUACUUUUUUUUUCCCCUCUUUCCAGUACAAAUCAUGGCAAAGCCCCAAAACUUUCUUUUAAUUAAAUGUUCUAAGUAAUCGUCCUUUGAUAAGUAGUUAUUUAGUGUUUGAACUUGUUCAUAUCAUAAACUACUUGGUCAAAGUGUUAAUAAGCAAGGAGAAAUCAAAGUGAGAAUGUUGAAGAAAUAAAAAAAAACAUUUCAAUUCUGUGUUA